AUGAAGUCUCUCCAAUCUGUGGUUGUUGCUUCUUCUUGCAAGCCUUCUUCCUCUGCAUUAAUGAUGAUGAUGAGCUCAUCAUCUAAAAGAUGUUUCUCCACCAAAUCAUCGGUUAUAUCAGCACCUAACCGAGUGAGUGCUUUGAGUCCAGAGAAAUUUCAAGAGGAAAUGCAAAAGGCCGGAAUUCAAAGAGGAUAUGUGGUGUAUGAUGCCAAGGAAAACAAGACCAUUACUUCUCAUCCAUUGUUUGCCGAGUUGGGUGAGUUCAUUACCAAUGACAAGAGAGAUUUCUUGAAGCAUGAGGCUUGCUUCUUCCAAGUUGGUCCAAAGUCCAAUUUGUUGUUCGGUGCAUUCUUGCAUAAGAGCAAUAGAGGUAUUCCUCAUGGUGGUGUUCGUUUGUGGAAAUAUAACUCUAUGGAGGACUAUGUGAGAGAUGGAUUGAGAUUGAGCUUGGGAAUGACAAGAAAGAAUGCUUUGGCUGGUUUGUGGUGGGGUGGUGGAAAAGGUUUAAUUCAAAAAACUGACAAUACUUCCAUCAAUUACAGCUCAGACUCCUUCAGAGAUGUUGUCUUUUCCGAGUAUGGACAAUUUUUGUCUUCUUUGAAAGGUGCUUACUAUGGUGCUGAAGACGUCGGUUUGACUACUAUCGAUUGUGACAGAAUGCAUACCAAAACACGUUUCGUAAGCUGUAUUUCAAGCGAAAUUGGAGGCUCAGGAAACCCUUCCCACUCAACUGCAAUUGGAACCGUUUGUGGAAUGGAAGCAGCAGUUGCUUUCCUUGGUUUGGGAGAUUUGGCUGGUAAGAAAGUCGUUGUUCAAGGAGCAGGUAACGUCGCUAGUUUCAUCAUUGAAGAAUUGCUCAAGAGAAAUGUCGGCAAAAUUGUUGCAACUGACAUUGAUAAGAACUUGAUUGAAAAGAGAAAGGAACAAUUCAAGAAUGCCAACAACAUUGAAUGGCGAGUGGUGGCUCCAAAUGAUUUGAGCGUCUUCUCUGAGCCUUGUGAUAUUUUCGCACCAUCUGCAUUGGGUGGUAUUAUCAAUUCGACCACUAUCCCAUUGCUUAAUUGCAAGAUUGUUUGUGGUGCUGCCAAUAACCAACUUUUGGAUCCUGUCGAGCAUGAUUACAUGAUUAAGGAUCGCGGAAUUAUCUACGUUCCAGAUUAUUUGAACAACCGUAUGGGUAUUGUUAAUUGCGCCAACGAAUGUUUUGGACAUGUGCAUAAUGAUGAGGCCAUUUUGAAGCAUUUCGGACGAGAAUGGGACAACUCGGUCUAUGUGAUUGCUACUCGAAUUUUGAAGAACUCGAAGGAAUCCAACAUUCCAACCGGUCUCGCUGCUCACCGUUUGGCUGACGAAUUCAGUGAAAUGGAGAAUCCACUCAUAGGUCAUAGAGGAUGGGCCAUCGUUAAGGGAUUAAUUAAUACUCAUUGGGAGAAUGGUAAGCUUCAAUAA